GUCGUAGUCACAUGGUCACGUAGUAGCAUGAGUGAAAGGUAUCGCAUACUCGUAUGAGCGCUUGUACAGGUAUAUAGACAAUUAAUUUUUAAUGUAAGAAUAUUUUGUAAUAACUAAAAGAGAAUGGCUUUGCAAAAUGUCACGAAGAUAGCGAUUGGAUGGGCUAUAUCUGCUGUUAUAGGAAUAUAUGCUUUUACGUAUGCAAGAAGAAGUGUACAGGAAAAAAGAUAUCAGAUUAUGAAAACAAAGCAAAUUCAACAAGAUUCUGAUAUUGCUAAUUGAAUUAUUUAUCCAUUUCAAAUAUCAUUAGAUAAUAAGUGGCAGUUAUCUAAAAAAUGGCUGGAUUACCUCAGUUUAGCGAAGAACAAUUGAAGCUAGUGCAAGAUAUAGAAAUAGAAAUGAUGACUGAUAUGUUUCAUCGCAUGACGGCAGCAUGUCAUAGGAAAUGUAUUCCACCAAAGUAUGUCAGUUCAGAACUAAGCAAAGGUGAAUCAGUAUGUCUUGAUCGUUGUAUUGCUAAAUAUUUGGAUGUACAAGAACGUAUUGGCAAAAAGCUUCAACAAAUUUCCUUGCAAGAAAGCAAAUUUGUAGAACAACCAAAAUUAAGUUAAAUAAAAUGAAAUAAAAUAUUAAUUUGUUAAGAUAAAUGUCGGUAGAAAUCUCAUUUUUAUGCAUUUAACAGCUUUCUCUUCAGGAGAUGUAUAAUCUUUUUGGUAGACGCAAUUUAAUGAAAAAUGAAGUUCUUUUUGUAUGUUCUGUAAAAUACUAAAAUAAAGUGUAGUAACAAA